UAACCUUUUACUGUAGCCUCGUUUUUUUUCGUGAAACAUGAGUUUACAAUACAUUUUUACCUUUACUUCAGAAUUGUUGCCUUAUAAUGUGAAGGCGUUUUCACAUCAAAAAUGUUUCAAGAAGGAGAUUUCCUUUUGGAAUAUAAAGGUGACUUGAUUACAAAGUACAGAGUUGCCAGACAAUUAGAAAAAGAUUAUGAGGAGGAAAACAGAGGGUGUUUUAUGUAUUUUUUUUAAAUACAACAGCAAAAGUCUGUGCAUCGAUGCAACGCAGGACAUAUUUUUUGCCGGCCGUAUGGUAAACGAUGUAAUAAAGGGAGAUAUAAGAAACAAUGCAGAGAUGAAAAUAGUUCUUGUACAUGGAAAACCCCAUCUAUGCCUGUUUGCCACCAAAGACAUUUCAGUAAAUGAGGAGCUGCGGUUCGAUUACAGAGUGCCAAAUUUACCAUGGAGAAAGGCUGGUGAAGACCUUGUCAAUCAUGAGGGAAACGCUGUACCAAAUGUGAAGUCACAGAAAGAUACUACUCGUUUGUCUGAUGAAGACUUGGCCCAUGAAGUUAAAAAUGGCGUCAGACAUUUGGAGUCCCAAGCUGAAAUUUUUGCUGAUGAAGAUGUAGUCUACGAAGAUGGAAAUAGUCUGAGAACUGUGGAUUCACAGAACGAUACCUUGGCUAAUGAAGACAUGAGCCAUAAAUUCAGAAAAGACGUCAGACCUGUGGAACAGUUCCAAGCUAAAGUUGAAGUAAGUUCUACAUUAAUACACAUUAAGUGAUAUCAACCACAGGUGGUUAGCGUGUGGCUAUGAUAUUAAUUAGUGAAAACAUC